AUGAAUGACAGAAACAACGAUCUUAAAAGCAGCAGCUACCACAACAACCACAACGACAGCCACAACCACAACAGCCACCACCACAAUGUAGUAACGGCCUCACCGGGCGACAGAGUUGGUUUGAGUUGUAGGAUUGACGAUCUCGGCUCCAAAACGAUAAUCUGGCGCAAAGUCGGACGCAACCACCCAUUAACCAUAGGGACGAACUCAUUUGUGGCUGAGAGUCGCUUUAGUGUCAUCCACAACAGCUACACGAACGAGUGGCUACUGGUCAUUCAAGACGUCCGAGCUAUGGACGAAGGGAUGUAUGUUUGCUACAUCAACGCUAAAAAUACCACUGGCUAUUCUGUGCAUCUGGACGUCAGAUCCGUAGAAGUUUCAGGCACGGAGUACAUUGAGAAAGGGGACUCUCUCAAACUGAAAUGCAACGCCACGGGCCGACCUGAACCCCCCCUCAACUUAGAAUGGUAUCGCCACGGAAAAAUUGUGCGCUCCGACUUGAGCAGAAGGAUAUUGGUGACGAAAAAAAUAGAGACCAGGCUGCUGACCAGCUUGUUGGAUGUUGAAAAUGUCCAGCUGGAGGAUGAGGGCGAGUAUGUCUGCAUCUCGUCUGGCAAUAAGUCUGCUUCAAUAUUCGUUCAUAUUAUCAACCGUUAG